CUCGGCUUCAUCCGCUUGGCUGCGAGCUUUAUUUUUAAGCAAAAUUAAUUAAAAAAUAGCAGUAAAACAACGUCUAAUCAAGUGAAACUUACUAUUGGACCACCUUCAUUUUUGUGCAAUGAUAUUGUCGUUAUAAAUACCAGUUUUCCGUGAUAAUUUACGUUUUCCCUGCACUUCUGCAUCAUGUCGGACUCUUCGUGUUAUAUAUUGGAUAAUGGAGCUUAUACAGCCAAAGUGGGCUUCUCCACGCUCGAGCCAAAGAUCGUUCCUAACUGCAUCAUGAAAGCGAAGUCCGAAAGGCGUCGCCCGUUCAUAGGAUCUCAGAUAGACGAUUGCCGGGACGCGUCAGGACUCUUUUACAUUUUACCAUUCCAAAAAGGGUUUCUAAUUAACUGGGACACGCAGAAAACUGUCUGGGACUACAUUUUCAGUAAAGAAUGCUGUCCAGUAAACUUCAACGAAGUCCCAUUAAUAAUAACUGAGCCUUUAUUCAAUUUCUCCUCAAUACAAGAGGCGAUGACCGAAAUUUUCUUUGAAGAAUACGAAUGUCAGACGCUUUUAAGGAUAAACGGGACAGAUUUAGCUGAAUAUAAGUAUAGAAAGACACAUAACAAUGACUGUACAGUUAUUGUAGACUCGGGUUACAGUUUUACAUAUAUAGUUCCUUAUAUAAAAGGGAAGAAGUAUAAAGAAGGGAUAAUUAGAAUAGAUAUUGGUGGUAAAGUGUUGACGAAUCAUUUGAAGGAGAUUGUGUCGUAUCGGCAGUUGAAUGUGCUGGACGAGACGUAUGUUAUCAAUCAGGUGAAGGAGGACUCGUGUUUUGUGUCGGAGGAUUUUAUGAGGGACAUGGCUAUUGCUAAAGACAAAGGCUCAAAGAACACAAUAAUAAAAGACUAUGUGCUCCCGGACUACACGAGCAUCCGGCGCGGCUACCUGCGCGACGUGGUGAAGCCGGACGAGGAGCUGGAGCAGCAGACCCUGAGGCUCAACAACGAGAGGUUCACCAUCCCUGAGCUACUGUUCCACCCGUCAGAUGUCGGCAUCCCCCAAAUGGGCAUACCUGAAGCAAUCAUGCACUCAAUCGACUUGUGCCCCGAAGAACACAAGGAAAGUCUCCUUGCCAACAUUCUGCUCUACGGAGGCAACACUCUUUUCCCCGGCUUUAGAGACAGAGUCUACAACGACGUCCGCUCAUUCGCUUUAGAUCACUUCGAUGUCAAUGUAACACUAGCUCCUAACCCGUUGACUUACGCGUGGGAAGGAGGCAAGGAGAUAUUCAGAGAUACGGAGUUUUAUUCCUUCUGUGUUACGAAAGAGGAGUAUGACGAGGAGGGGAAAGCGCUCGCGUUUGAGCGGUUCGAUAUAUAGCGGUCGAAGCGAGCGCGGCGGGAGACCGCUGCCUCGUGAAAAACAAGAAGUUAUAGAAAACUAGGACCCUGAGGCCGCGAAAACCAUAAAUAUUUGGCGUUUGCGUCCGUACCAACUGAUUUGAUCGGACAAUUUAAUCAGAUUGGCGAAAAACUUUUCUCGUUUGGACAGGCCUUGUCUUUCUAUCAUUCGAAUAUACAAGGGCGAGGCGAUAGGCAGAUAACUAAAUUUCGAUAUUCCUUAUUCACGGUUUUAUUGGCGUAAAUUGGCAACAUCGUUGCAAUUGACAUUUGCUUGACCAAUGAGGGGCCGCCUUAGGACCAGUGUUUCCAGUUUAGAAUUUUAAGAUCCCAUAACAAAAUUGGGCAAAGGCAGUAGCUAAAAAUAGUAGCAUGUUGAAAAAAAAAUCCUUAACUUAUGAAAGAAUUGGACUAUGAGUAAGUUGGACAAACGCAUCUAGAGCUCCGUACUGUAGCGUAAUUCUUUUUACAUCUUACAAAGCCAAAUUUCAAUGAAAUAUGAGAUUUGUAAAAUGUAUUAUUCUAGAACAAGCGUUGUUAAAAUUAAAUGCCUUUCCAGACCAAAAAAAAAUGUCUGCAGCGGAUUUGGUAGCCCACGCAGUGCAAGUGUCAUUCAUACGUCAUUAUUUCAUAGAAGUUUGACGUUUAAAAUAACACUUUCGCUGCGUGGGUUAUCAAAUCCGCUGCAGACUAUUCUUAGUCUGACUCUAAAAGGCCACUACUCUCUCUGUUCUCUUGUGGCCAAAAUGUAGUAUAAAUAUAGUUAAAAGUUUAGAUAUAACAGGAAAACCAACUUAGUAGAAAAAGGUGCAAAAAUAUUUAUUUAAUGGAGUUCGAAUUUUUACGUUCACGUUUUCAAAUUUGCCGCUUUUUUCUACUGAUAAAGAUUUAUCACUGAAUUCCUAGUGUUGUAAGACUGAUGUGUAAUGGUAAUGGCAAAAUGAUAUUAGUAUUACAAGUUGUAAAUCAUGUUUCGGUAUUAAAUAUCCAUUGCAAAUAUAUUUAA